CAAAACAAUUGUUGAAUCCAAAGAAUCUUCCAGUACUAUUUUAAUAAAAACUUGGGCGCCCGUGUUAAGCCCCGGCCCAAUCGUUAAACCCGAGGCAACGAUCUUGUUCGCCGGCGCCGGUGGGGUACAAACUCAUCUGAAUCUGAAACGUCUUUGCUGCGUUCAAGAUUUCGAGAGUUUGUGUUGUAUAGUACAAGUUUGGUUAUGAAAUUAAGGUAGGCGGUGAAAAUGGAGAGAGUGUUCAGUAAGCUUCGGAAUUUGGACGCUUACCCUAAAAUCAAUGAGGAUUUCUAUAACCGUACGCUUUCCGGUGGUAUUAUUACCCUCGUCGCCUCCAUUAUUAUGCUCGUUCUCUUCGUCAACGAGCUUGGAUUAUAUAUCCACAGUUAUACUGAAACACAGCUCGUAGUAGAUACUUCAAGGGGAGGAAAAUUACAUAUACAUUUUGAUAUCACUUUUCCAGCUGUUCCAUGUUCACUACUCAGUCUUGAUGCCAGGGACAUUAGUGGAGAAGAACAUUUUGACAUACGACAUGAUAUAUUCAAAAAGAGGAUUGACUCCCAUGGUGCUGUUAUUGAAGUCAGACAAGAUGGAAUUGGUGCUCCUAAGAUUGAGAAGCCUUUACAGAGACAUGGUGGCCGACUUGAACACAAUGAAACAUACUGCGGCUCAUGCUUUGGUGCAGAAACGGCAGAUGAUGAAUGUUGUAAUUCAUGUGAAGAAGUUCGUGAAGCAUAUCGAAAGAGAGGUUGGGGGAUGACAAAUCCAGAUUUAAUCGAUCAGUGUAAAAGGGAAGGUUUUGUCCAGAAGAUCAAGGAUGAAGAAGGUGAAGGAUGUAACAUUCAUGGAUCUCUAGAGGUCAAUAAAGUGGCUGGAAAUUUUCACUUUGCUGCUGGCAAAAGCUUUCACCAGUCAACCUUUCAACUCUUCGAAUUGAUUUCCUUACAAUCGGAUACUUAUAAUAUAAGUCACAGGGUAAAUAAGUUAGCUUUUGGCGACUCUAUUCCUGGAGUUGUAAAUCCUCUUGAUGGGGUUCAAUGGACACAGGAAGCACAGAAUGGAAUGUAUCAGUACUUUAUCAAAGUGGUCCCUACAAUAUAUAAAGGUGUUAGAGGCUGUACUAUUGAUUCAAAUCAGUUCUCAGUGACCGAGCAUUUCAAGGGUUCAGAUUUGGGUCUUUUCCAAUCAAUUACUGGAGUUUACUUCUUUUAUGAUCUCUCUCCAAUCAAGGUGACUUUCACAGAGGAGCAUGUGUCAUUCUUUCAUUUCCUCACCAAUGUUUGUGCAAUUAUUGGAGGUGUCUUCACAGUUGCUGGAAUAUUAGAUGCAUGUAUUUACCAUAGUCAAAAGGCCAUAAAGAAGAAAGUGGAACUCGGGAAGUUCGGUUAAUGACACUACUGCAAGCUUGUGCUUCAUCACCCUUGAUGCAGUAGCUACUACUGCAUAGUAUUGAUGCUUGUUCAUUUCGCUGUCCUCGGCCCUUCUGAUGGAUUCGUUUGGUUAUUUAUUAUGUACAAGCCUUCCAACAAAAAGGAAGACAUGCAUUUCAUAGGGUAAAUUGCAUUCAGAAGGGCUGAACUGCAGAAUAUGACUAACUUCUGUAAUUUCUGCUUCAUUUCAUUCUCAUUUUGCGUCAUUUCAGAUCUUGGGUAUUGUUGAAAGGAGAGAUGAUCUUUUCUGUAGUUCUGAUUGGAAGUCACAUGCCGAAUGUUUCCCUAGUAACAGAGUAAAUUCUAAUUUGUGUUACAAA